AUGGCGAACAUCACCGGAGUAUGGCGCUCCUUUUGGCACACCAUGACGUCCAACGACCGACACGCCUCGCCCGACAUGCCCUACCGCACCGGCGCUCACACUCCCCUCGCCCAAAGUCGGCACGCUCCCCUGACUUCGGUCGCUACCGCCGCUGAAUCUCGCACCGACCUCAACAACCCCUAUGCUCAAGACAAUGAUUUCAUGCCUGCCAAUGGUCGCAUGUCGCCCAAUGACCCCUACUCGCCCGGUCUCCGCUCCACAAUGCAGCGCCAGUCCAGCUCAGGGAACCUCGAAGGCGUCGGCCAAGGCGAGAUCCAGAUGCAGAGUUUCUCCGAAGGCCUCCCUCCUCCGCCGCCCGUCGGUCACUCGUGGAGACGCAUCGACCAAUGGGCCGAGAACCAACACGAAGAACUCUUCGAGAACCUGUGUGAAGGCUGCACUCAGAACGAUGUUAACGAACUCGAACACGAGCUUGACUGCACACUACCCAUGGAGAUGCGCGAGUCUCUGAUGAUUCACGACGGCCAAGAGCGCGGCGGUAGGCCCACCGGUAUCCUCUUUGGCUGCAUGCUGCUCGACUGCGAGGAGAUUGUCCAAGAGUGGAAACAGUGGGCUCGCGUUGGCGACGACUACCUCCGUGCUUCAUCUGCUCCUUUGGCCGCCCCGCAAGUCCCCAACAAGGCCUUUGCUGGUUCCUCGACUCAGCCCUCGGCCGCCUCCGCUUCUCAAUCCGCCUCGGGCGCCGGCUGGCGUUCUGAGCUCAUGUCAAAACAAGACUCGCACCCACCAAACGCCGUGCAAAAGGCCUACGUCCACCCUGGAUGGAUCCCUGUUGCAAGAGACUGGGGCGGUAACAACAUUUGUAUCGAUCUGGCCCCUGGUCCCGCUGGAAAGUGGGGUCAGGUCAUUCUGGCUGGCCGCGACUACGACUGCAAAUACGUCGUCGCUCGCUCAUGGUCCGCUUUCCUGGCAAGCGUUGCCGACGAUUUGAGCACCCCCAAGGCCAUCGUCGACGACGAGACUGGCGAGCUCACCCUCCGCGAAUUCAAGAACCAAAACGUCGAUCCUUCGUACAUGGACAUCCUGCGCUGGCGCACCGACCAAAAGUACGGCCGCCGCACUCCCAAGGGUGCUCGUCCCCAGCAGCCCCUCCGCAUCAACAGCAACGUCAAGAAUGAGUUCAGCAGUCUCAAUGGUUUCUCCCCUUAUGCCUCGCCCACCGGUAGCGACCGCGGCCGCAGCCCUCAGCGCUUCUCCAGCAAUGGCAAGGCUCCGGCAAACCAGAGCCCGCGCGCCCAUGUCAGCAGUCCUCUUGCCCGCGUCGCUGAAGAGGCUGGCCCCACUCCUCUCAAGACCGACAACUUGGACUCCGUACUCAACACCUCCAAGAGCAACGACAACUUGCUAAGUAUGGAUUCGCCGCUCCCUCCCAUCGUCGAGACAUUCGCCGAUCAAGACCGCAAGGACGAGAAGGAAAAGGCUGACUCGGCCAUCACAUCUUCGGAAGAAGCGACAAAGGGUGGUGCCUCGUCGGCCGACACUGAAGAGAUGAAGACUGUUGAGAUCUAG